ACAAGUAACACGCUAUCUUAAGCGGUGCCUAGCCGCGGUUAAAGCUUAUAACGUUAGCUAGGCGGACGUCAGCUCAAAUCCAACAUGACCCAACAAGCUGCUGCUCUGCAGACUUACAACAAUGAACUUGUCAAAUGUAUUGAGGACCUGUGCUCCAAGCGGGAGGAGUUGAACAGUCAGAUCAAGCAGGAGGAAGAGGAGAAGGAACGGCUGCAGCACGACAUCCGCGUCCUUUCAGAGAAGCUGAGCCGAGUCAACGAGAGCCUGGCGCAAAGACUCGCCGCCCGCGCCACCUUCGACCGCACCAUCGCAGAGACCGAGGCUGCAUACACUAAGAUCUUGGAGAGUUCCCAGUCUCUUCUGAGCGUCCUGAAGCAGGAGGCAGGAAACCUGAGUAAAGCCACAGAGCCGCGGAGAAAGGCUCAAUAAUGCCAACGAAAGGUCACUGAACUCUCGUUUCGACCUCAACCAGCGACCCUCGCCUCUGCACUUUUAGCCGUGUUUGUACUCCACUCUGGACUCAUCGGGAUAGAUUGGAUUGAUUUAUUGUAAGUUUCUUAUUCUAAUAAAUGUGUGUUCUUUUCACUA